UCGUUCAACCUUUGCACAUCAUUUCUCCAUUUCACAGAGAUGUGAAAUGUGAGAGUGGACAGUCAACAGGUGCAGUCGCUGAAGCUAGAAGAAACUACAGACAGGUGACCAGCCUCAUUUGACUGAAGCCAGAGGACGCUGGCUCAUAUUUCAACUCAUUAAUAGGACGAUAAUGCUGCUACCACCUUUCACUUGUAACUGAACCAAGGAGUCCUCUGCCACUCAACCUCGCCACCUAGUGGAGCUUUGAAGGUUUAACUCCCUCCUGGUCAGCAGAAGUCCUCCAGACAACUUCCUCCCUCAUCUGGGGAGAUGCCUGCCCUGCAACAUUUCCCUCUGAUCCCAUUUUUUUUAACCUGCUGAAGACAAUACAGCACUAAGCAGCUGUGCACGUUUCCAAACAUCGGUUGGAGAAGGAAGUAAAACAUUUCUUCUCCAGCUUCAGUUACAGUUCAAAACUGUUCUUUGACUGACAUAUGAGGGAUAUGCACCCAUGAUCCAUCGCUUCAUGCUAGAGUUGAUGGUGCCCAAAAGCAAGAGCAUCCAACAAGAAGGAAAUUGAGCCAAACAGGAGAAGUCACUCCCCAAAAGAGAUUGCACAAACAAGAGCAAGCCAGAUGGAAACAUCAUCAAAUGGCACGCUCUCGACAGCUACACCAACAGCAACAGGAAAUGUCACGUUGGAAAGCCAGACAUCAAAAUAUAAAUCUCACAACUGGGAGUUCCUGGUGGCUGUCCUGGUCACAGCCAUCUCUAUCUCCAUUCUUAUCGCCCUUCUAGCUAAAUGCCAGGUGGUCCGCCGCUACCUGGCCAGCUACCGGCACACACGGCUGAGGGAGACAGACACCGUCAGCCAGUGUGACCCCUCAGGUCUGGAGGUGGAAUUCGCCAUGCACGGGGGACGUGGAAUGAACCCUCACUGUAUCCCCCCUGUGAGCGAGGAAGACGAUGACGGCUUCAUUGAGGACAACUACAUCCCGGCCAGUGAGAGAGCGCGGGCUGAAAGAGCAGCGAAGAUAAUGGAGGACACGGAGGACACAGAGGAAGAGAUGGAUGAAAUUGAAUUUUCCAUCACUUAGCAGGACUGUCUUAACAACUCUUCAGAUAUAUAAACCCCUCAAAAACCAAUUCCACUCCCACCUUUUCUUUAUGUAUGAGUAAGAUUCAUAUUGUCUAUCACAAAAUGGGUAAAAAAGUUAAAGAAAGCAUAAAGAUUUUGUUAAUACCA